CCAGAAGUAAAUGGCACCCAGAAAAAGAACCCCUCCCCGCACCCAUAUUUCUCUUCCAAAUCUACAGGAUCAAAGAGUUAAAAAAGAGUGAGAGUUGUGCAAAAGAGGGGAAAUUAUGGGCACCACAUGAUUUGUGGGAGAUGGGACUUUUGCAAAAUUGAGAAGUUGAUCAGAGGUCGUAUCAAUCUUUAAUGCCCUCUUUACAUUCAAUUACAAUGUUUGUGCAAAAUGGGUCCCUACAUUAUGGCCCCCCUCUUCGUAUUUUGCAAUUCAAGCUUUGUUGUUUGCUUCUGUAAAGAGAGUUGAGUUUCUUUCUGAACAAGCCGCUAUGGAGAGGCCCUCUCUCUUUGGGAAUCCAACUUUAAUUGGUAAAGUUGUUGAGGUUUCAGGGAGGGUUUGUUUUCUUUUCCUCCUUUAUCUUUUAUAAGAUUGUAACUGUUAACACACCCAAAAGCUACAUGAAAAGUUGCCUACAAAGGAGCUUGGAAACAUGGAGGAGCUGUUGAUGUGGAGUGUGAUGUGUUGGGUUCCAUUUUCAAUCUCCAUAGUGGAAAUAUUCAGUAUUAUGUGUUGAAAACUCACAGUAUUGGUACUUCUUUUAAGUUUGGAAUUCUGUAUGACCUUGUUUUGGAGGAAGAAGAAACAGAAAAAUCCUAUGUUUAAAGACAUGAUACUGUGGUUUUUACAGUACUAAAUGUUUUGCUGUAUAGAUUGGAUUGAAUGUGAUAAAAAGGAGGUUUUUUUACACAAACCCAUGAAAGAAAUUACCUUAAAUCCAAGUGGGUGGGAGUUGAUUUUGUAUGGAGAUAAAAAAAAUUUCGCUGAAAGUUACUCAAAAAUCAAAGAUCUUCUAGAUCUGCCACUGUUUUCAGGUCAAUACGGGAUUGGGAUCUCAUUAGUUUCAACAAUUACUCGAGUUUGUUGCUUAUGCUUUUGUUUAUGGCUACAUUGUUUCAGUUUUUAUUUUCUUUCUUGACUCAAACAAUCAUUUAAAUUUGGUGGGUAAUGGUUUUACAUGAGGACAAUCUUUAAUUGAUGAGAUCGUGGAGGCUUAGCUUUAUCAAAGGGGAAAAACAGAAACUUCAAACUGAAAUGACAGGCAUAUACAGCCAAACAUGAUUUUCGUUUGACAAAUUAAAGGCUAUUGGACGUCACACCAAUCACCAUCAAGAUUUGAAGAUCACACACACAUUAUUUUUAGUGCAAUCAACAGUAGCUCUCCAGAUGCAACCAUAAAAACCAGAGUUUGGGUCGGAUUUCAGAAGACUGGUCCUUGCCUCUAGUCAUGGAAGAGAACUGGGAUUGUUCUACAAAGCCUGAGGGGCUAAAUUGGGCUCACUGCAAUUCCAAUUCAAGCCGUGAACCACCUUCUCUGCUUCUCCCAUGGAUGAUUAAUCCUCAGCUUUCGAGCUCGACAGAGCUUCAGUUUGAUGGGUUCCCUUCAUUUUCAACCCCUUCAGAAGGAAUUAUUGCAGAAGAUAGAGGAGCUUCUGCUUCCAAGAGCCAUAGCCAAGCAGAGAAGAGGCGUAGGGACAGAAUCAAUGCCCAGCUUGCAAUUUUAAGGAAACUCGUUCCCAAAUCUGAUAAGAUGGACAAGGCAGCUCUAUUAGGAAGCGCAAUUGAUCAAGUGAAAGACCUGAAGAGAAAAGCAAUUGAAGUCAGCAAGAACAUGACGGUUCCAACAGACAUGGAUGAAGUAACCAUCGACUCCGCCAUGGUUGAAGACAACCACAGCACGGACAAUAUUGCGAUAAAGGUAUCAGUGAGCUGCGACGAUCGGCCAGAACUGUUCACAGAGCUCAUCCAAGUGAUCAAGGGGCUGAGGCUCACAACAAUAAGAGCUGAUAUGGCUAGUGUUGGUGGCCGCAUUAAAAGCAUACUUGUCCUUUGCAAUAAAGAUGGUGAAAGAAGUGUCUGCUUAAACACUGUUCAACAGUCUCUAAAAUUAGUAUUAAGUAGAAUGUCAUCCUCGUCGACUGCCUCGACCUGUCGUAUUAGAAGCAAACGACAGAGGUUUUUCCUCCCUUCUCAUUUCUCCAAGUAAUUUUUUCCUUUCUGCCUUCAAUCUUUUAAUUGUGAACAUCCAGCACCGGGUUUAUCGAGUGCGAUGCUAAAUUCAUAAUGGAUAGAGCAAAAGAUAAGAAGAUGAAAAAACCCAGAAGCAUUUGAAGCUGUUGCUACAACAAACUGUCUAUCCAUUUAAAAGGA